UAAUAUAUCUCAAAAAGUUCUACAGCUAUGUUAGUUCAAACUUGGGUAUUUACCCUUUUUCCCCAGAAGGAAUUAUUUCGAUAGUUUUUAAAAUUUAUUUCACUAACAUCGGGAUCGUUAGGCAUGAAAAUCUUAACAAUAUUUUGAAGGAUCCAUCGUGAAAUUGGAAGAUUAAAUUGAAAUCGACCGUCAUCUUUCUAAACUAUGGCAGAUGAAAAGGAAGAAGUUGUAGAAUCGCCAGAAAUUCAUUUUGAGCCAGUAGUCAGACUCCCAGAGGUAGAGGUCAAAUCUCUAGAAGAGGAUGAGGAGGAGACAUUUAAAAUGCGGGCCAAGCUGUUUAGGUUUGACAAUGCAGCAGAACCCCCAGAGUGGAAGGAGAGAGGCACAGGAGAUGUGAAACUGCUUAAACACAACGUCACUGGGCUGAUACGGUUACUUAUGAGGAGAGACAAGACGCACAAAGUCUGUGCGAACCAUUAUGUGACAACUCAAAUGGAGUUGAAGCCUAAUGCUGGCAGUGACAGAGCCUGGGUUUGGCCUGUACCUUCAGAUUUUGCUGAUGAAGAACCUAAGCAAGAACUUUUGGCAAUCCGAUUUGCUAACUCAGAAAAUGCACUGAAAUUCAAAGAAAAGUUUGAGGAGGCUGGCAAAGCAAAUGAAAAAUUGAAAAUUCAAAAUGGGCUAUCAGAAACAGAUGAACAGAAGUCAGAGAGGGUUGGCAAGGAAGUUACAAAACAAAAUGAAACCGAUGAUGACAAGGAAACGAGCUCGAUGACAGAAAAACUGGAAGAAUUAACUGUUAAAGGAGCUAAUAGCUCAGAUGAUAAAACACCCAAAGAUGAGGGGGACUCCAAAGACAAACCCAGUGAUUCAAACGAAGCCCAGGGAGCACAGAGUUAAAGGCAGUAGUACUGACUGAGUCCAUUGUAUUAACAGGCCCAUACAAACUCUCUAAUUCACGUUGUAUAGAGGUGUACUCCGAUAUACAUGGAUGUUGUUUCUCUGAUUCAGAGCCAUUGUAAACAACAGACUUGUUAAGGAUGCAUAAGAAAGAGAGUAUUUAAGGAGCACGAAUAUCACAUGUAAAUUACAGGUAUUGGUAAAAGGAAUUUAGAAUAAUUCUGUCUGCAGGGAAUAUCAUGUAGUCAACAUGAAAUAUUCCAUGAUUUGCUGUCAAUGUGUGAAUUUACUGCAAGUCAUUUUUCGAAAUUUUGAAUCUAAAAAUGGUUUGUGCUCCAAUCAGCAAGGUCAAUCUUUUCUUACUUUUUAUCACUAUUUUUAUUGGUUUUACCCAGAAUGUUUUAAUUGGAUACAAAGUAACUUUUUGAAGGAAAAUUUGCUUACGUACCAACCCAGAUACAUUGUAUUUAAGGAGAAGACAAACAAGGGUAUUUGUAAAGGUGUUCUUUCUGUAGAUUUUGCACUCUACCUUACAAGCAGAAAAUUUAUUCACCCUGCUUUUGUCUUGUCUGAAGCAUGUAGACCAAGACAUUGCUUUUGAGUUAUUUUCUGUUUUCCUUUUUUGACUUCAAAACAAUAUUUCCAUCAUUUAUUAAGCAGAAAACUUUGAGAUUCAAGCUUGCAGGAUUACUCAUAUGUAAGUCCUGGUACAGUACAUGUAUUUUAUGAUUGAAAUGAUAAUUAUAUAUAUUGUACUCUUCUCCUAAAUUUUAUUUACUGUAUUGAAUACUUUGGGUUUUGAGAAGGAUAUUGUGCAUGUGGCAAAGCUUUCAAAAUUGAUAGUAUCUACUGGAAAUUUGUUUCACUAGUGUCGGAUCAGAAUCUUAAACUACAGCAUAUUGUGUCAGGAUGUGACAUAUUGUGUCACGAUGUGACACAAGUCAGCAUAAUGUGCAUUAUAACGAAGAUCUAUUGUUGAGUGAAAUGUUGUUAAAACUGUCUGUAAGUUCUUCAAAUUUUGUUUGUGAUGAAUAAACUAUAUGAAAAGAGGA